AUGGCGUCAGAAACAAAAUCUUUAACGGCUCAGAUCACAGCCAUCCUUUCUUCAGACAAGGAUAGAAGUGCUGAUAAGAGGUCCCUUGCUUCAACGGAGAAUAAUCAAAAGUCAAAUGGUGAUUACCAAAUAGUUGAACGGUCUCAAGAUGAACUACUUGUCGAGUUUCAGGAGAACUCACCGAGAAACCCACCAAACUGGGCCUUUAAGAAAAAGUUGUACAAUGCUAUUGUGUCACUAUUUAUUGUUCUUAAUAGCGGCAUAUCAGCCGCACUUCCUAGCAAUGCAGUCCCCACUAUCCUGCAGGAGUUCCACCAGUCCGGGGGCCAGCAAAAGGUCUUACCAACCGCCGUUUUCCUUGUUGGCUAUGUAGUUGGCCCUCUACUAUUCAGUCCAAUGAGUGAAAUCAUCGGACGGAAACCCGUUCUCGUCUGGUCCUUCUCUGUUUUCGUCCUCGCUACGCUUGGCUGUGCUCUAGCGCCAAACUGGGCAUCUCUUCUCGUCUUUCGGACAAUCUGUGGUCUAGCAGGGGCUGCGCCUCAGACCGUUGUUGGUGGUAUUUAUGCGGACUUGUUCUUUGAUAGGCGAACUCGUGGUCGUGCGAUGGCAAUGUAUAUGUCGGCUUGCAGUUUCGGUCCCAUUCUAGGCCCGAUCAUAUCUGGAUGCUCGAUCAAAUAUGGUUGGCGAUGGACUUUUAGGAUCGACGUGAUCCUGACAGGUGUUACCUGGUUGGCUUUGCUUUUCACGUCUGAAACCUUCGGCCCGGCACUUCUGAAGCAACAAGCUGCCAAAUUGAGAAAGGAUACAGGAUCUAAUCGGUAUUUCUCACGCGAGGAGCUUAACCUCGACUCGAGAUUCACUCCAAUGGAGAUUAUCACUCGCCCCGUCACGAUGCUCUUCUUUGAGCCUAUCAUCACCUCAACAUCUAUCUAUAUCGCUAUCGCAUGGAGUCUGGUCUUCUUUUAUUUCCAAGCUUAUCCCAUUAUCUUUGGAGGUGUCUAUGGUUUCACCGUCGAACAAACUUCCCUUACACUCAUCCCAAUUGGUGUCGGCGCCGCAUCCUCCGGCUUUGUCGCCCUCUACUAUGACAUGAUCUACGAAAAAGCCAAAAAGCUCAACAAAGCCUGGACCUCCGGCCCAGAAGUGCACCGACUCCCCCUAUCCUGCAUCGCUGGACCCUGUCUAACAAUAAGCAUGUUUUGGCUUGCCUGGUCAGCAAAAUCAACCCUGCACUGGGCCGCACCCGCGAUGUCAGGAUUCAUCUUCGGGUUCGGAUUCCAAAGCAUCUUCAUUUCGCUUCUUACCUACGUCACCGACGCAUACAAAAUCUAUUCCGCCAGUGCGCUUGCAGCUUCAGUUAUUCUGCGCAGCAUUUCUGGAGCGCUUUUCCCGCUUGCCGCUGAGCCGCUGUAUGAGUCUUUCGGAGUUGCUUGGGCGACUUCCCUCAUUGGGUUUAUUAGUCUGGCUUGUGUUCCUAUUCCGUUUGCUUUGAUGCGAUGGGGUCCUUGGAUUCGGGAGAGAAGUCCAUUCUGCCAGAGGUUGAUUUUGGAGGAGAAACUCAGGGCUAGUGGAGCGAGUACACCGCAGGCACAAAACUUGCCCGUCGUCGAUCGCAUUCUUGAGCCUCAAACCAUCGCACAUUUUUUAGGAUUUGUAUUUGGCAAACAGCCCCUACCCAAUGGUAAUUUACCAGAUAUCGAACGCCUGUCCCAAGAUGAAGCCUCCUUCAUCGAAGACAAAAACUUUCCCCCGGGCACCGAUGGCGAACCCAUCAUGGCCAGUGUCAUGUCCCGAAUUGGAUCCAUACAAGAUGGCAAUCGUCUCUGUCUGGUCGGAAAGAACAUUCAAUAUCUCAAAUCCCGUUUAUGGGAGGGUAUCAUCCCCCUGAACGACCAAGUAUGGAAGGAGAAAGGCCUCGACCGGCCAGAACAUUUCGAUUUCGCUUGUCAGCAUCUAUCAGCCGUGAUCGCCGUAUUUCAGUAUUUGAAUGAACCAACGGUGCGAUUACACCUUCGCGACACCUUCAAUUACAUUUACGACCAUUGGGCUGCUCUCGACACUUAUCUCAACAAGCGCAGAGAGGAACAAAAUAAAAAGCCUGUUAGUGUCGCGGCUCUCUGGACAAUGUUCAUGUCUGCGCAAUUCGAGAUGAUGAGCGAGCGCGCCCAUAGAUGGGUUACAGUGCAUGUCAAUACACUGCGCGCUCCGUUGUUGCGAGCCCUUAGGGAGUACCAGCCAGUCGUGGAAGAUCUGACUGGCGAACCAGAUGCUAUGCAAUGGAAGAUUAGUGAUUCGCUGCAUAUGUUGACUGAAAUCACCGCGAAUGCGGAUUUUACCAUCAUGAUUCCCAUGAACGGUUAUAAGGGGCACUUUGCGGAUCCCCCGCGGGCGGGUCCGGCGUCACUUCAUGCAGCGAAUUUGCUGACGAGAAGUAAAGCAUACCAUGAGCGUUUGAAGCUGCUUAGUCGAGAAGCGAUCUCUCGUAAUGCUAGUGUGUGGAGAGGUGUAAUCCCUACGUCUGGACAGAUGUAUCAUUCGACAUGCUCCGGCCAGAUUGAAGGCCAGAACAAAUUGAGGAAAGAGGUGCGUGGUGCACCUAUCGAGCCUGUGCCGCGCGAACCUUGGAUUGCUGGCUGCGCUUUGGUAAUGGAAAAUGGACAGAAGGACGGAAAGGAGGGAAAAUACGGGUUUGCUGUGUAUCGGUUGACAUAUGGGCAAACGGAGUCUGAAUGGGCUGAAUUCGUUCGCAAAGUGGAAGCCCAUGUCUCGGAUUGGGGCAAAGGCCAAACAGGAAGCAGUGCUAUCAAGGAGAAUUUAAAGCUUCACUGGCUGGAUGGGAAGGAAUUUGGUAUUUCAGAGGGCGAUGUCGAUGCAGCUAAGCAACACUUCAAAAACGAAAUAAAAGACAGUGACCGCUGGUCAAAUCUACAAGAUGAAGCUUUCCUCGUCGUUGACUCCGCAUCUUUCGCCUCAUAUACCACAGAUUCCUACAGCCCCGCGACAUCCAGGUUCAUCCCCGGUGAUUUCACCGGCUUCCUCCUCGCCAUUGAUCCAACCUUCGACCCGAAGGAGGGUAUUGAACGACCUGACGAGUCACCAGGCUACUACGGUCAGAUGCGAAUUCUCGGAAGCCUUGUGUGGAGCGAUCUCUAUUCCCUACUUUCAGCACAGACAUUCCUGCUGGAAGACUACUGGCCAUUAGCAAGCGAGCACCCGAACAUGGUAUAUGUCGGCCCAACAAUCCCAUGGCAACGAUUCAUCUGGCAGAAUCACAAUGAGACGCGUUGGAUCCUCAUUCGAGCGGUGAUAGACUUUUUAAAGCUCAACCCGAAACUGCCAGCAAUGCCACCUCCAUCCCAAGCCCAAGAUACGUCUUCAGUGACAUCACCGCCGGCAGCUAUAUCUACAGACACACCGGAAACACCGUCUGUGCCCUCAUCGACACCCGAACAACGGGAUCCCCUCAACGCCGCACUCCGCGAAUACAUGCUCACGGAGUUUCAGCGCUACUUGCGUCAUCAGGGUCAGCCGCGGUCGGCAGCUAUGGUCACUGAAUUAAUCCGUCUUCAGCCAGGCGAGGAGCCUGAUGGAGCGCGGCUGCGGCAGUUGGUGGACGAUGAGAAUGAGAGACAGGAGCAGCGGAGGCGAGAUGGUUUGGGUGAAGAUGACGAGGCUUCGACGGAGUAUAACCCGGAAUGCCCGUUGCAAUAA